AUGUUUGCUGAGCGAACAUCGAAAGGAAGUGAUUCUUAUCCAAUUUAUAGAAGAAGAAAUACAGGGGAAGUUAUGAAAGUAAGAGAACAAUAUUUAGAUAACUCUUGGGUGGUUUCAUACAAUCCAUAUUUACUUGGAAAAUUCAACUGUCACAUAAAUGUUGAAGUUUGCUCCGACAUCAAAGUCGUGAAAUAUCUCUACAAAUACAUCUGCAAAGGACAUGACAAAAUUGCAUUCCGUGUACAAAAUAAUGCAGAUAUAGAGAUAUACGAAGUAAAAGAAUAUCGGUCUGCUAGAUGGGUUUCACCUCCGGAAGCUGUAUGGCGUCUCUUUGGUUUUGCUAUAAGUGAAAUGUCUCCCAGCGUUUAUCGUCUUCAGCUACAUCUUGAAGACCAACAAUUUGUUUCUUUUAAGAGCAAUGCAGAUAUAAAUAAGAUUGUGAAUAAUCCAAUGAUAAAAAAACGAUGUUAA